CUUCCAAGUUAUCGCGAAGGCGGCUUCAAUUGGUUGCGGAGUCAUGAAAGUGUUUGUAAACAACUCAGUCAGAACGUAAUUUAGAUGCUACCUCACUAUAAUAUUUCUACCUGCUAACUCUUCAAUGUGUAUCAAACUGGAUUCCAACCAAGACACAUCUUUGACGUUUAAAUCAUCCUCAAAAGUGUCCCUCACUCUGGGAUACGAAAGAUGUUUGAACUCGCUGUCUUUCAAUAACUUCAAGUCAUCUGGAUGAAACAACUGUAACAUGAGGGAUUGACUUUUACCUGCCCAAAAACAGAAACACUUCUGCUACAAAGCUUCCAGACCUUUUUUGUGUCUGUCUACACUCACCAACUCAACAAAAAAAUAAUAAUGCCGUGGCCAUUUUCUGAAUCCAUUAAGAAGCGUGCCUGCAGGUACCUUUUGCAUCGGUAUCUAGGCAACUUUCUGCAGGAAAAGCUCAGCUUGGAUCAGCUCAGUCUUGAUCUGUAUCAAGGGACUGGAUCUCUGGCCCAAGUUCCUCUGGACACAUGGUCCCUGAAUGAUCUCUUGGAGACAGCGGAUGCUCCUUUUGAGGUGAUCACAGGAUUUAUCCAAACUAUUUCCUUAACCGUCCCUUGGGCAGCGUUGUUGCAGGAAAACUGUGCUCUUGAGGUCAAGGGUUUGGAGAUGGUGCUCAGGCCAAGGCCAAGAAUGGCAUCUGGAAUUGAGCCCAUGUGCUGGUCCAGUUUCAUGACAAGUAGCAUGCAGCUUGCCAAAGAAUGCCUCAGUCAGAAACUCACUGAUGAUUUGGGAGAAAGCUUUCAGCCUUUUGAGGGAUUGGAGAAGUUUGCAGAGACAAUAGAAACAGUUCUGAGAAGAGUCAGAGUGACUUUUGUGGAUACUGUUCUCAGGAUCGAACACAUUCCAGAAAAUUCUAAAACUGGAAUUGCUCUCGAAAUUCGAAUCGGCAAGAUUGCAUACUGCGAUGAAACAGGCGAUGAUAGUUCAAGCGUAAACGUGCAUCAGCCAACCACUUUUGCUCAUAAAAAUGUGCAGAUGGAAGGAAUCACAGUAUUAUGGGACGAGUUCUCCGAUGUGUCUUGCAGUUGUAAACCAUCGUCUACUCCAACGGAAACUGAGCCAAAACUUUCUCCAAGUUGGAAUCCAAAAAUCAUUUGUGAGCCUCAUCCACAGUUUACAGAACCAGUGACUUCCACCACCACAUUUCAGCCCGUGCCAGUCGGGAGCCUCAGCGGUAAAAUUGAGUUGUCCCUCACUCUGAAAAAUAAUCUGGCUCUGCCUGGAGCGAAGCUGGAUGUUGUUGCCCACGUUGAUACUCUGAUGGUUCUGCUGUCCCCACGACAAGUUCAUCUGCUCCUUGGUUUGUUUGGAGCUUUUUCCGGUGGAAGUGCACAGGAAUGGGCUAAGGAUAGAAAAAGUCGCCCUAUGCAGCAAGAGGAUGAGUAUCGCCUCCAUAUGGAACUGAAUCGGUGUCUGAAGAAGGACACAGCUGGACUGGGAACAGACUCUGACCUCUUUGAAAGCCAGACGACUAGAACUGUGUCAAGUCGAGAUGAUGUGUUCUUCUCCAUGGCUGACAUGGACAUGUCUCAUAGCCUGUCAUCCCUCCCUCCUUUGGGUGAACCGCCCACCGUUGACUUGGACUUGUCACUGAACAGUAACUACUCCCCUUCGCCAGUAGAGUCUCCUUCUGGAAAAAGUGCUACUCUUUGGGAUGACUACAUGGAUGUACCUCGGCAAAGAGAAAAGCAGAAUGUCGAGACGUCUUCAAAGACACAGGAUUCACAACUUGCACACAAGAUAACAAGACAAACCUCUCAUCCAUCUAAAACCCAUGGAGACGAGUCAAGGCCAGAGUUGGUGUUGAAGUUUUCACUGAGCAGCUUUGUGGUGUCAGUCCUCCAUAUUGACCCUCUUCCACCGGCACACGCCGCUCCCAGCCCACUCGGUCCAAUAGCUGCGUACUUCUUCAGCGUGCUGGGCCCAGACCAGCUUUCUUCAGAAGCUUUCCUUCAGUCUCGAUCGCUGUUUAAUCAGGCUUGCCCCUUGGAUCAUCUCAGGUUUGUUGGUCAGGGUUUAAAAAUACAGUAUGAGCACUGCCAAGGGUCCGGCCUGCGGACUUUCAGCACAGACAUCAAUCUUCAACAUAUGGAGUUUGUUGAGUGUCUGUUUCCCUCUGAUUCCGUCGCUGGGGGCUCACAAAGAGGAAUCCAUUAUACAGAGCUCCUCACAUUUGACACCACAGCCAGUGCUGAUGCUCCAUGUACAGCUUGCCUUCACCUGCUUUACAAACUGAUUGAGCGCAGAGGCCCUCAGGGUGGCCAGGUGCGUCUCAGCACCAUUCCAAGAAAGGCUGAGAUCCAAGUGGAGCUGGGCGCGGUACGCUCUGAGCUAGACAUCAGCAUCGUUGACCGCCUUAACUCACUACUCCAACCUCAAAAACUAGCUACCACAGAGAUGAUGGCCUCUCAUAUGUAUGCGUCCUACAAUAAGCACGUUAGUUUGCACAAAGCCUUCACUGAGGUUUUCCUUGAUGACACCCAUACACCCUCCAGCUGUCACGUGUCACUGACGGUAAAUGCCCCAGUGCUUGGCCUUGCAGUGCGCUUUCCCAUCCCUGAUCUGCGUUCAGAUCAGGAAAGAGGGCCCUGGUUCAAAAAGUCCCUGCAGAAGGAAGUACUUUAUCUGGACCUGGAGGACCUGGAGGUUAAAAUAGAGUUCAUGGGUGGUAACUCACCAGAUCAAACCAAAAUGGAGCUCACGUUCAAAGAACUUAAAGGCAAGUUCCAGGAGGACCCAGAGGAACCUGCUUCCUGUUUUCUCCGAGUAUCCAACACUAUGGACGGAGACAUGACAACAUCUGAAAGUGGGAAGUUCGACUGGCCAAGAGUGGUGUUGAAGAUGAACCCCACUGCAGUCCAUUCAAUCCUCGAGCGUGUGACGGCUGAGGAUGACGAGGGCGCUGAGGACCACUCGCUUGAGGAAGAAGAGGAGGAAGGGGCUGCCCAUUCACUAAAAGACGUGUGUGACUUUGGGAAGCCGGAACCCUCACCCUUUUCUUCCCGAAGGGUUAUGUAUGAGAAUGAAGAGAUGGUCAUUCCCGGUGAUGUUGUGGAAAUGACAGAGUUCCAGGAAAAAACCAUGAACAACUCGCGUUUUGUCCUCGAGUUGAGUUUCCCAAAUGUGCAAUUAGUGCUCCCAAGCAAGGCAUUCUACGAAAAGCUACACAACAGGAUAAACAACGACCUGUUGCUGUGGGAGCCCACUGCUCCGUCCCCCGUGGAAACUGUGGAGAACAUGCCCUAUGGAGUUGGACUGUCUGUUGCCAGUCAGCUGAUCAAUACGUACUCCAAAGACAGCUUUAGCCAGUUUCGCUCUGCUGGUCCUGAUGCGGAGACCAGCGGCUCUGAUGAGGAAAAUCUGUUCUACUCCCCGGCCUCUGACCUGGGGUUCAGAUCUCGGAAGAAGAAAAAACCCAAAUCCCACAGCAAGACUUCGCAGAGCCUUUUCUCUGUCGUCCUCAGCAUCAGUCAUGGUUUAGUGUCUCUUCAGACUAGUGCUAAGAAGGAAGAUAAAGUUGUGCUAAAAAACAAACAUGGUGAGUUCUGGAUGGAGGUGAAAAAUGCUGUUUUGUUCAGCGUGACUCAGUACGAAGGCUGUAAAGAUCAACACUAUAUCUGCUUCCACACCAACAGCAUUUGCAUGUAUCACCAAGGCCUCGUAGAUGGAGGCACUUCUGCCUCAGACAUCAAAUUGCCAUGCAGGACACAUCCCCAUUGGCUGGAGGUAAUGAUCUUCCAGUCAGAGACGCCUGCAGAGAGGUCCUCAACACCAUCCGAAGGCAUUGGUCUGGAAGUGCGCAGCAUGGUGUCCGUGGCUGUUAAAAUCUCCUCGCACAAUGCAGAGCGCAACAUCAAGGAGUUUCUAGUUGCUGUUGGAGUUAGCGGAGCGACGCUGCAGCACAGGGUGGUCCCUCCUGGUCUGGGCUGGUACGAUCAGAUCGUGGACUUUCUGAAUGUCUCAGAUGAACCCGUCUUGGGUUACGUUCCUCCUACAUCCAUCACCACCCUACAUUUACACUUGUGGAGCUGCUCAUUGGAUUACAGACCACUUCACCUGCCAGUCCGAUCGCUGGUUAUGGUUGAAACAUUCAGCAUCUCCAGCAGUGUCUCUUUGGACAAUUCUUCUUCUACGCUGAGGAUUAUUUUGGAUGAAGCUGCUAUUUUUCUCUCAGACAAAUGCAAUACAGUGUCUGUGAAUCUUGCAAGAGACUAUGUUCAAGUAGUGGAUAUGGGAACACUGGAGCUCAGGAUUACAGCUGUCAAACCCGUAGCAGAUGGAAAAUUGCUGGAGCCAAGAUUUGAGCUGCGCUGCUCAAGUGACGUGAUUCACAUCAGAACCUGUUCGGACUCCUGCGCCGCUCUGAUGAACCUGAUCCAGUAUGUGGCCAGCUACGGAGACUUGCUACCCCCAGCAGAACUGGAAACCAAGCACAGCAGCACCACGCAAAGAAAGAAGGCAGAGGUUCCCAGCAGGCCUGUGUCUCAGACCCCUCUGCUUGCUGACACUGAGCAGCAGAUGCUCCAGGAUCUGAUGAGUGAAGCUAUGGAGGAGACUGAUGGGCAGCAAGCACCAGGACCACAGCAGAACGGUGCCCAUGAGGAGCAGAUUCAUGACCAAGACCCGCCUUGCUCUGAUCUGUUUCUGUUUCCCGAUGAGAGUGGAAAUUUUACCCAAGACUCAAGUCUGACCUAUCCAAUGCUCCCCUCUCCUCUCAUCACUCCUGCUCCCAACUUGGCCCAAGAGGCCGAUGAUUUCUGUAUUCUGGAGUCUCCGGAUUCCAGAGGAGAGGAUCGAGAUCAGGAGCCCGUGGUGAAGCAGCUGACUUCUGACCCGGUGAAAAUCAAAGAUGAUCAUUUUCGUCAACCCUUAGAAGGGGGCGAUCCCAGCCGCUCGGCUCUGAAUUUUCCCAUUCCAGAGGUUCGCUAUUUAAUCAAGGAGAUUUCAGUUAUCUGGCAUCUUUACGGCGGAAAAGACUUUGGGACUUUGUCUUGCACAGCCUCACCUUCCAGAAGCAGAGGAUCUACUCCUCACAGCUCACCAUCUCAAACUCCAGCCAGACAUGCUAGGACUGCAGGACGGGCAGGAGGCGGAAGGGGGAGGAACCUUGAUGUUCUGAUGGAGAUCCAGCUGAGCAAGGUGAGAUUUCAGCACGAGGUCUACCCCCAAGUCACCGUGGCAUCUCAGAGUCCCGUAGACCAGCUAGCCUCCCGACAGGUCUUUGUGGUACAGGAUUUAGAGAUUCGAGACAGACUGGCUACCUCACAGAUGAACAAGUUCCUCUACUUAUACUCGAGCAAGGAAAUGCCUCGAAAAGCUCAUUCCAACAUGCUGACAGUUAAGGCUCUUCAUACAUGUCCUGAGGCCGGCCAGGCUCCUCCAGAGUGCUCCCUGCGCGUUUCUCUAAUGCCUCUUCGCCUCAAUAUCGAUCAGGACGCGCUAUUCUUUUUGAAGGACUUCUUCAGCAGUCUCGCUACUGAAGUUGAGUUUUUUUCACCACCUGUUCAAGAAACUGCCUGUGUCACCACAAAAAACACAGCCGCUCCUGAGAUCUCCUGCAGCUUUUCCAAGCACAGCUGCACCAGCAGCAGCCAGGAGGCUGCACCGAUCAUUUCAGUUCCUGCACAGAGGCAAACCAGCCACAAUGGCUUCACGGCAUUCACCGGAGAAGAAGUGAAUGGUGCUGAAGCCUCUGGUUCUCCAUUUAAAGACCAGCCAAUCUUUUUUAGGGAAUUUCGAUUUACCUGCGAAGUUCCUAUUCGGCUCGACUACCAUGGAAAGCAUGUGUCCAUGGACCAGGGGACAUUUGCAGGAAUCGUCUUUGGGUUAACGCAGCUGAACUGUUCUGAACUGAAACUGAGGCAGUUGUGUUACAGACAAGGACUACUUGGUGUGGAUAAGCUGUUUUCUUAUGCACUAAAUGAGUGGCUAAAUGACAUAAAGACAAACCAGUUGCAAGGAAUAUUGAGUGGAGUGGCACCUAUUCACACUUUGGUCAAGUUAGCUCACGGACUUAGGGACUUGGUGUGGCUCCCCAUCGAGCAGUACCGGAAGGAUGGUCGGAUAGUCCGAGGUUUUCAGCGUGGCACUGCCUCCUUUGGAACCUCCACAGCUAUGGCAGCUCUAGAGCUCACAAACAGGAUGGUGCGGACCAUCCAGGCUGCAGCUGAGACAGCCUAUGACAUGGUGUCUCCAGUACCUGAUGAAAGAGAUACAAAACGGAUAAAACGGUACUCCCAUUACGGCCUGGCCCAUCAGCCUGUUGACCUGAGAGAAGGUGUUGCCAAAGCCUACACUGUGGUGAAAGAGGGUCUCACUGACACAGCAUUAACCAUCUACGACACGGCCACUCGGGAACACGAGCAACGUGGAAUGACGGGAGCUGUUGGCGGAGUUCUUCGCCAGCUGCCGCCAGCGGUCGUCAAGCCCCUCAUCAUGGCCACUGAAGCCACCUCUAAUGUCUUGGGGGGAAUGAGAAACCAGAUUCACCCAGAUGCUCGUCAGGAAGAGUCACAAAAAUGGAGGCAGGAUGAAGAAUAAACUUCUAUAACCGCGGGUUAACAUGACUGGAACAGUCAAACCGCCAGUUCUGGUGUAGAUAAAGAAGUUUUCAUCAUGUGACAUUUUGAACUACUGUAAUUGCGCUUAUCUGGUCCCUCACAGUGCCUUCAUGGUCAUUAACAUGGUUUGAUAUUAAAAAGGGAUUUAUGCAGAAUGAAAUGGUGAGCCACAUAUGAUGUCAUAUAGACAUUUCUUGUGUUAAAAGUAAAAGUGCAACAACUGCAAAAUAAAUCAUCUCAGUUUCAUUUUCAAAUGGCUCUGUUUAACCAGUAUAGCAUUUCCCUAUGUACUUGGUGUUAUGUUAAAUGUGUAAUUAGGAUUAAUUUAUUAUAUGUACUAUAUGUUGACCUUGUUAUUUACUGUAAAUAUUCCUAAUAUGUAACAUUUCAUGCAAGGUAAAAGGAGCAGAGAGGCCAAGAGUGUCAAACCUGUAUAAAGGUCUUUCAUCUGCAUCUUUGCAUUUCUUGAAGGGUUUGUUGCCCAAGGAAAUACUAAAUGGAACAAUAUUACAAAGGGGUUUGCAAAGUUGCACCAUUUUUUUUUAGCUUCCUUGCUUAAUUUGUUACUUUGUUUUUUUACAACUUCAAUUUUUUCUUUUUAGAAAGCUGCUUUUUUUUCAUUGUAAAUGUAAGAAAAAAAAGUCUUUAAAAUAUCCCCAGUCUGCCGCUGACAACUUUAAACUGUUAAAAACAAACUGUCAAUUCUCAAUGUCUUUCUUUUAUUUGUUGCACAUCAGCUGUACAUUUAAUUUUUUGUGACAGUAAUAAUUCUACACAUUUGACUUUGUAUUAAAAUUAAAUUAAAUGGAAAACAAAAAACUGAUGAGUGCGCAGCAGCUUGAUGUCAGGGAUGAGUUGUCAGCAUUUUUCAUCAUUUUACCAAGUAAACCAAUUUUUAUUUUUAAAUUUCCAUGUGUAUAAAUCGGAGUGAAACAUUG